AUGGAAGGUAACCCUUCACAAACUAAUUUCGAAUACUUGGACGAUGAUGGCCGUCCUAGAAGAACAGGAACCAUUUGGACAACAAGCUCUCAUAUAAUAACAGCUGUGAUUGGAUCUGGAGUACUGUCUUUGGCAUGGGCUAUAGCACAACUGGGUUGGAUUGCUGGUCCUACGGUGAUGAUCCUUUUCAGCUUCAUCACUUUGUAUACUUCAUCAAUGCUAACUGAAUGUUAUCGUUAUGGUGAUCCUCUUUUCGGGAAGAGAAGCUAUACUUACGUCGAUGCAGUUCAAAACAUUCUUGGCAGCUACCAUUACACAGUCUCUGGAUUAAUUCAGUAUAUAUGUCUUUGCUGCACUGCAACAGGAUAUACAAUUGCAGCUGCCAUUAGCAUGAUGUGA